GAGUACAGCAUAGGGGACAACUACAGAAAUGGCUACGGCGUGGAGAUAAACCUCGACACGGCGUUGGAAUGGUUCGAGAAGGCGGCUGCGAAGGGUCACGCCGGCGCACAAGUUGGUAUAGGGGACGUCAAUUAUACGAAGGAGCGAUACGAGGAUGCGGUGACGUGGUUCACGAAAGCGGCCGACCAAGGUGAUGCUGAAGCGGAACACAGGCUCGGAUAUUGUUACCAAUUCGGCAACGGCGUGGAGCUAAACCUCGACACGGCGUUGGCAUGGUUCGAGAAGGCGGCUGCGAAGGGUCACACCGGCGCACAAGUUGGUAUUGGGGUCGUCAGCUAUACGAAGGAGCGAUACGAGGAUGCGGUGACGUGGUUCACGAAAGCGGCCGACCAACACGACACUGAAGCGGAAAGCUGGCUCGGACGUUGUUACCAAUUCGGCAACGGCGUGGAGCAAAACCUCGACACGGCGUUGGCAUGGUUCGAGAAGGCGGCUGCGAAGGGUCACGCCGAUGGACAGUUUGGUAUAGGGGUCGUUAAUUAUACGAAGGAGCGAUACGAGGAGGCGGUGACGUGGUUCACGAAAGCGGCCGACCAAGGUGAAAGUAAUGCGGAAUUCGUCCUCGGGGACUGCUAUCGAUUCGGCAACGGCGUGGAGAUAAACCUCGACACGGCGUUGGAAUGGUACGAGAAGGCGGCCGCGAAGGGUCACGCCGGCGCACAAGUUGGUAUUGGGAUCGUCAACCACAAGAAGGAGCGAUACGAGGAGGCGGUGACGUGGUUCACGAAAGCGGCCGACCAAGGUAUUGCUGACGCGGAACUCAGGCUCGGACAUUGUUACCAAUUAGGCAACGGCGUGGAGCUAAACCUCGACACGGCGAUGGAAUGGUACGAGAAGGCGGCUGCGAAGGGUCACGUCAACGGACAAGUUAAUAUAGGGAUCGUCAGCUAUAAGAAGGAGCGAUACGAGGAUGCGGUGACGUGGUUCACGAAAGCGGCCGAACAACACGACGCUGACGCGGAACGCUGGCUCGGACACUGUUACCGAUUCGGCAACGGCGUGGAGCAAAACUUCGACACGGCGUUGGAAUGGUACGAGAAGGCGGCUGCGAAGGGUCACGCCGGCGCACAAUAUGGUAUUGGGAUCGUCAACUAUAAGAAGGAGCGAUACGAGGAGGCGGUGACGUGGUUCACGAAAGCAGCCGCUCAAGGCGAUACUGAUGCGGAAGUCCACCUCGGGGACUGCUAUCGAAAAGGCCGAGGCGUGACACGAGACAUCCCAAAGGCAAUCGAGUGGUACACGAAGGCCGCGGAGAAA